AUGGAUUUGGUUGCAGGUAUACGCAAAGAAGGCAGCCGUGGCGGCCGCACCGAGUUCAAAUGGUCGGACGUUCAGGGUUCCACCCAUCGCGAGAACUACCUGGGCCAUUCGGUAAUGGCCCCGGUAGGUCGCUGGCAACAAGGCCGAGAUCUCCAGUGGUAUGCGAAAGGUGAUGUUGAAGAUGAAGAGGAAAGAGUCCGUCAGGAGCGCGAAGAACGACAACGAGUCAAGGAUGCGGAAGAGGAAGCAAUGGCCCUUGCACUUGGACUACCGGUGCCGUCGAAAAGCGACGCAAAUGCGAAUAUGGUGCCAUUAGGAGGAGGGAAAAUGGCAGAUAAAGACGGGGAUAAGGAUAUUAUGGACUCUGGGAAAUCGGAAAGAGAAUCACGGGGAAGCCGACGGCAUGGUCGCAGUCGCAGUCCACGCCGGGAAAGGCGACACGAGCGCAGUGUUGACCGUGGUCGUGAUCGUGAUAGAGAACGAAGACACCGCAGGCAUCAUCAUUAUGGCGAGCGAGACCGAGACCGUGAUCAUCAUCGCCGCAGCAAAAGGCACCGCUCACGAUCACCGUCCCGAUCAGGUGCCAGGGACCACCAUCGCGAAAGGAGACGGGCCCCUUCACGGUCUCGGAGUCGCCAGGGCCGCAAGGAUGAGGGUACUGUGAGGCUCGGUCGGGCCGGACGUAGCUACUCGCCGGGCAAUCGCAGACGUUCUCCCGAGCGACGUAGGGAUCGUGACUCCGACCGACGACACUGA